GUCUGUACAGCAGUACUCUGACUGGGAGAGGGAAGGGGACAGGAGGGGAGAGCAGACAGAGGACCAGCUUAUCAGUCUGUUACUGCUUUCUCAAUGUCCUAUCAAACUGCAGCAGAGAAAAGAGAUGCCACCAGAAAGGACUGUGUUAUAGCAGAGCAGUGUACAUCCCGGGACUGGAUGGACAGAGAUACAAAUCCUUUUGCACAUACCCUGAUUAUGGAACCCAGCCAGUGUCUGGCAGUGUCCAGUAUUCUGGGUCCAAUGCCGAGCUCCGUCAGCUCCAGGUCCUUUAGCCCGCUGUUGGAGUAUUCCCGCAAGAGGAGGUUCAGCGAGACUGAUAGUCAAACCACAGAAGGGAAUGAACCUAAUGAUCUGCAGAGCAGAGAGGCUCACAGCCAAACUGAGAAGCGACGGCGGGAUAAAAUGAACACCUUGAUAGAGGAGUUGUCUGCCAUGAUCCCGCAGUGUGAACCCUUACCCCGCAAGCUUGACAAGCUGACUGUCCUACGGACGGCUGUUCAGCAUUUGAAAUCACUGAAGGGUUCCAGCAGCUCGUUUGCAGAGCAAAGUUACAGGCCAUCUUUCCUGCAGCAGGAUGAGCUCAGAAGGUUAAUCCUAAAGGCUGCCGACGGCUUCCUGUUUGUGGUCGGAUGUGACAGAGGAAAAAUUCUGUUUGUGUCUGAAUCCGUGUCGAAGACGCUGAAGUACAGCCAGGCUGACCUGAUAGGACAAAGUCUGUUCGACUAUCUACAUCCCAAGGAUGUUGCCAAAGUAAAGGAACAGCUGUCCUCCUCGGACAUCACCCCACGGGAAAAAUUAAUUGAUGCCAAAACUGGUUUGCAAGUGCACACACACUUUCAGGCUGGCUCUUCCCGUCUCCAUUGGGGCUCCCGGCGGUCGUUCUUCUGUCGCAUAAGGACCGGUCGCGUGUCCAACAAAGAGAAGGAGGAAUUCCUUCGUGGAGCAAAGAAAAAAGAACACCGGCGGUUCUGUACCAUCCACUGCACGGGCUACCUCCGCAACUGCCUAUCCAGCGAAGUAGGAAUGAAAGAAGACAGUGACUCUGAGAAAGAGUCCUACAAUUUUAGCUGCCUUGUGGCGAUUGGUAGGCUUCACCCAUUCAUAAUACCGCAGAGCACCGCCGAUAUUAAAGUCAAGCCCACCGAGUUUGUCACACGUUACACCAUGGAUGGUAAAUUUGUUUAUGUGGAUCAACGAGCCACGGCUAUUUUAGGGUACCUUCCUCAGGAGCUUUUGGGCACUUCCUGCUAUGAGUACUUCCAUCCAGAUGACCACAGCCACCUAACGGACCAUCACAAAAGUGUUCUUCAGAGCAAAGAGAAAAUUGUGACAAACCCCUACAAGUUCAGGGUGAAAGACGGGUCCUUCAUUAUUCUGAGGAGCCAGUGGUUCAGUUUCAUUAAUCCGUGGACCAAAGAGUUUGAAUAUAUUGUGUCGGUUAACACAGUUGUCUCAGGCCAGGGGUCAUCUCUAGAGACUGCCUCUCUCCCUGGGAGCUCACACUCUUCAGAAGAUACUUCCAAGCGUCCUUACCUCCAUGUACCUGGGAUGUCCAGCGGGACACUGCUCGGUGCUGCAAACAUUGGAAAAGAGAUCGCAAAACAGAUAUUAGAACUGCAGAGGUUGCAGUCUCCGCCGUUUAAUGGGGAUAUAAGUCCUAGUGACCUUUUAAAGAAAUCCCCUCUUGGCAUUGGCGCCCCAUGCGGGGAGGUUCAGAAAGACGAUUUGGUACGACUGUCCCCUUCAGAAAUUGAGAAACUAGAAGCGUCUUCUCCAAAUGACAUCUUGCCCUCGUUCCCUAUUCCAGAUCACCUCCUGGGUGAGGGUUCUGCUCUUGACUUUGAGAAUGACGAAACCACCAUGGCCGCCCUCAUGAACUUUUUCGAGGCAGACGGAGGCCUUGGCGACAACGGAGGCCUGAAUGAUAUACACUGGACACUUUAGCAGGGCUAAACACCGACCGCCUUUAAACGCACAACCAAAACGUACUGUAAUCUACCGGGGCUUGGACACCGUUGUCAUUAUUUUUGUAUUUUAUAUGUUACAGAAAAAAAAACACACAAAGCAUUUCCUAAAGGAUUCCUCUCCCCACAGGAAGCGAAUACACAGGAAGACAUUUUGGGGGAUGAUGUAUGAUACGGAAAUAUUUUCAUACUUGUUAUUAAAGCAGUUUUUCCUUGUACAUA